CCUUGCACGGCCAUGCUGGAGGUGGCGGACCCUGGGGGCGGGCUGGAGCCUGCCAGAGCUCCCCGCCUAUUGGCCGGCGCCGCUGUCAGUCAGGCCCCGACCGAGGCGGGGAUUGGACGGCGGCUCUUCGCGAUACGAGAACAUGGUCCCCCGCCCGCCCACCUUCCGAGCAGCACUGGGCGAGGGGAGGCAGAGCCGCGGUCUUGAAAAGCGGAGAGCCCGAGCAAUUCAUUAUCACUUCUGUAUCAAACCAUAUAAAACUCGGGGCUUGAAGUGUGUGGACUUUUUUUUCCUCCUCCUCCUCCUGCCUUGGCUGUGUUUGUUUUAGUGCACAGCGCGCCCGUCCAGCGCUGGUGAGAGCUGUCAGCCGACGGGGCAUUUUUUUUUUUUGCAUAUAUAGCGCCUUCCAGUGCAGCCAGGAGAACAAAAACCAAAAAAAAAAAAGAGAGAGGGAGAGGGAGAGGGGGGUGUGGAGGAGGACGCGUCCUUUAUUUAACGCGUUCCCCGCGUGUCGUGAUUAUUAUUACCAUCAUCAUCACUGUGGCCAUUAGCGUGGCGCGAGCGGUGUGUUUCGCCGGGGUCUCUGCGCGCGGCGGCGCCACGGACUCAGACCCCUCCUCUCGUGGGCGGGCCGCGCGCUCUCAUUGGGAUGCUGCCUCUCUGCGCGCGGUCUGACACGUCUGCACUGAGUGAGUGACAUUGGCACCUUGUCAAUCGCUCACUAGUGCGGCCAUCAAACACCAUAAAGCACACAGAGUCAGGGAUCCGGGCUCAUAAAUUUCAACAGCCAGAUCUUUUUGCGCAUUGCUUUACAGCGUGUAAUUAAUUUAUUAUUUUUUUUCUGGCGAUUCUCUCUUUUUUAUUUUGGGGCCUCUGUUAUUUUUCGCCCCCCUCAAAGAAGCUCCAAAACUUUUUUUUUGUGUUUUUAUUUUUUAAUUGUUGUCAUCAUCACCAUCAUUCUUACUGUCGCCGCCGCUGGUCCUGGGCAUUUAAAAUAUCUAUAUUUUUUUUUUCUCAGAUUUGAUUUUACUUAUGUGUUGGGUAUUUUUACCCUUUGUUACAUAGCAAGACGCACGCUGUAGACAGGUAGAGCAUGUUUUGCUGUGCUUUUUAAUUUUUAUUUCAUUUUUUUCUUUUUUUUUUUGUGCGUGCAACUUUAGCUUUGGAAAGGUCUUUUUGGGGGGGUUCCCUGCUGGUUUAAUGGGGAUUCUGGCAAGUUUGCAAGAAGAUUUGCACGGGGAGAACAAGCCGAAAGAAGACUCUACAAACACAUGAAAACAAUGUGCAGGGAGCUAUAGCACGAGACGCCAAAUCGCACGCAAAACCCGGCGAGAAGGUCUGAAGACGGUCAAGACACGCGAGCUGUCAUCCGAUUGCCGAAGUAUCAAUAACUGAAGUACAGAAUUGAUAUCGGUGCCUCAAUGCAACUACCAGCAUAAAAUUGAUCCUGCAAUUCUAAAGCUACUUCGGAUCGAGGGAGAAAAAAAACCCACAAACGCGAAAAAAGUGAUUUCUGGACACGCGAUUGCUGCCGGUACAAUUACUGCUAUACAAAUAGAGAUUCUUAGUUUUGCUUCUUUUAAUUUUUUGAUCCGUUUCCCCUCCUCUCAGCCUCUCUUUCUUUCCCGCGCGCCCACCGAAUUCCUCCUUGUAUGUGAUUUUGUCCCGCAAAUCCCCCCUUUUUUAUUUUCCUUCCUGGCUCCGAGCGUUGUCUCUCCCGGAGAAACGCAUUGAUUGUGCUGCGGCAGAGCAUGGACGAGCAGUCCCGGAUAAUGCAGACUCUCGGCGGUGUCAGUCUGGCUGGCCACUCGGUGCAGGGAGGGAUGUCCCUGCCUCCCCCGCACGGACACGAAGGGACGGACGGGGACGGCAGGAAACAAGACAUCGGGGACAUUCUGCACCAAAUAAUGACCAUUACUGACCAAAGUCUGGACGAGGCGCAAGCAAAUAAUAGGAAACACGGAUUGAACUGCCACAGGAUGAAACCUGCGCUCUUCAGCGUCCUCUGCGAAAUUAAAGAGAAAACAGGCCUCAGCAUCCGGGGGGCCCAGGAGGAGGACCCCCCAGACCCCCAGCUGAUGCGGCUGGACAACAUGCUGCUGGCCGAGGGCGUGUCGGGGCCGGAGAAGGGGGGCGGGUCCGCGGCCGCCGCCGCCGCCGCCGCCGCCUCGGGGGGCACUGCCGACAACUCCAUCGAGCACUCCGACUACAGGGCCAAGCUCACGCAGAUCCGGCAGAUCUACCACACCGAGCUGGAGAAGUACGAGCAGGCUUGCAACGAGUUCACCACCCACGUGAUGAACCUGCUGCGGGAGCAGUCGCGCACCCGGCCCAUCUCGCCCAAGGAGAUCGAGCGCAUGGUGGGCAUCAUCCACCGCAAGUUCAGCUCCAUCCAGAUGCAGCUGAAGCAGAGCACCUGCGAGGCCGUGAUGAUCCUGCGCUCCCGCUUCCUGGACGCCAGACGGAAAAGACGGAACUUCAGCAAGCAGGCGACGGAAAUCUUGAACGAGUAUUUCUACUCCCACCUCAGCAACCCGUACCCCAGCGAAGAAGCCAAAGAGGAGCUGGCCAAGAAGUGCAGCAUCACAGUGUCACAGGGGUUGGGAAGCACCAUCACAGUAUCACAGGUAUCGAACUGGUUUGGCAACAAGCGCAUCAGGUACAAGAAGAACAUCGGCAAGUUCCAGGAGGAGGCGAACCUCUACGCAGCCAAAACCGCCGUCACGGCCGCGCACGCGGCCGCCGCCGCCGUCCAGAACAGCCAGACCAACUCGCCCACCACGCCGAACUCCGGUUCUUCUGGUUCUUUUAACCUCCCAAACUCUGGGGACAUGUUCAUGAGCAUGCAGAGUCUGAAUGGGGAUUCUUACCAGGGGGCACAGGUCGGAGCCAAUGUGCAGUCACAGGUGGAUACCCUGCGCCAUGUUAUCAGUCAGACGGCAGGAUACAGUGACGGCCUGGGAGGGAACUCUCUGUACAGUCCACAUGGCUUGAACGCUAACGGGGGAUGGCAGGAUGCGACCACUCCAUCUUCUGUGACGUCCCCGACAGAGGGUCCCGGAAGUGUGCACUCCGAUACCUCGAACUGAUCCCUUCACCGACGCCGUCCAAUCCCUGCGUGCUGCCGAGCCCUCACUCGCACCGACGGACCAACCAGAGAAGCCGAACGGUCACCACUUCCGAAACCCAUCGUCUGCCGCGUUUUACUGUAAAACCCUCCCCCUUCCUCCCGGACCCCUCUGUGACUCGAGCACGAGGGUCUUCGCCCUUCGGCGAUCUGCUAGGAGUGGAUCCGGUGCUCCUCCCCCGCCCCACCCCACCACGUUGUGAAGCGUUUGUCUAUCUGUUCGGACCCGACAGCCCUGCGGGCCCCGCUUGGUGCCGACGUGUCCGCUCCCCGGAGCCCGGCAUCGGCGCAACAGGUGCAGCUGCUUUGCCCCCGGAUCUGUCUGCCCGCCGCCAUCGUCUUUCACAGCCCCCCUCCAUCCCACCAGCAAAGCCCCCUCUGC